GAUCUAUGGAACGCGCAUAAUUUAUUGAUUUUGAGGUUAUUUCCGACCUCAUAAAAUAAUUUUACGUUUAUCGAAUGAAAUUAUGUUAUUUUCAUGUUUGUAAGUGUUAAAUUAAGUUACGGUUUAUUAUUUUGUUUUAAUUUGUGUUUAUAAUGUCUGAUGUUGAAGAACCACCGACGAAAAUGUCGAAAUUUGAAGAGGAAGAAUAUUUAGAGCCGGAGGGAGAGGAGGCCUUGGAAGAAGGCUUGGAGGAGGGUCAGGAGGAGUGGCUGAGUGAGGGAGUGCUUACUGAUGAUGACUAUGUUCAAACUACUCAACAAGACCAAGAAAAGCCCGAUAUAUCAAUGGACACAACGCAAGAUACCCUCGAGGAACACGACACUCUAGUGACUCUGGACGGAGUGGUCACUAACGUGGUUACCAUGGCAACCGAGGGUGAACAGAAAGAUAACAAUACUACCGGGAAUAUAGAGGAACAGCUGAAUAAUCUGGAGAGCUCACAAAAUGGGGACGAAUUGAACGAUGAGUUGGAUACUUUUUUGAUCAGAAAAAAUGAUGGUCUUUUAAAAGAAUUUAAAGAGAAUAAGGAAGAAUCCAAUGCGAGCGUGGACAAGCAACCGGAAGACGACGGGAAUGACACCGACGACUUACUACGCUUGUUAGGGGAAGAUGAUCAGAAAAUUAAGAAAAAAACUCUUAAGGUGGUGAAGAGUCAGAAGGUGGAUGACCAGGGAUCCAGCGAUGAUGAUGACUUCGUUUAUGAGCGCAGCCAAGUGAAGACGCUGAAACUAGCGAAGAAUGCUUUAAUAAAGCGGCCGGCUACGAAGGCAGUGCCCGAGGAUAUGAGCGAUGGAGACGACGAGAGUGACCAGUCCUCAGAUGAAGGGUCCACAGUGCAACGCAUGUUCGAAGUGAAGACACCGACAUCUGGUGGCGCGAAACCGGAACCACAGAAGAAAAUAGUCAAACAUAUCGUCCACAUGAAUAAUAGCGGUAAUAAGAGUCAAAAACAAGACGAAAAACAACAAAAAACAUACACACAACAAAAACCUCAGCCAAAACCGAAUUUCGUGGCGCAAAAACCGAAUCUAACUCAAAAACUAUCGUCCACACCGAAACCUGGUAUCGGUGCGCAAAAACCGAUACUGAAAACGCCGAAACCGAUACCGCAAUUGUUGUCGAAACUGACUAAAUCGGUGGAGAUUAAGACACCGGCGCCGUUUACCCCGUUGGAUAGAAGUUCAAAGGAACAACGAUUGAAAGCAGGGUCGAAGGAUGAGAGUCAGAAACAUGAUGAGUUUGAUGAUAUAAUUGAUGAAGAAGAGUUUUUAGAAGAAGAUGAAUUUGACUUGGAUGAGGAGGAGUUUGCAGAAGAAUCAGAAGGCGACACAUCGAAGAAGCAACGCAUCAUGAAGCCAGAGGUGAUGGAUGAAGAGGUCCCCAGCGAUGCGGAGAGCAGAUCCGAAGAUGGGAGCCUUUACGAUGAACUACCCUCGUCGGACUCCGAAGACCUGGACGAUUGGUUUACCCUGGACAUACGGGCUGAAAGGGCUGGUGAUUACUUACCGUUAUUAGGUACAAAAGCGAAAGAACUAUUGCUAGCAGAGCGCCGCCGCGUCAGUUCUCGCGUGGCGACAUUACGCCAGAGUCUAUCAGCGCUGACAGACAGCGCGCGUCGCCAGGCGGACCAGCUGCGCGCCGCUGCCAUGGCCCUCGCCGAGAUCGAUGACACCCUGCGAGCUGCCUGACCUGAAUAUGACAGCCCCUGACUGUCCCCCACUGGACUUUGGGCACCCCCCCUACGUAAAAGGGGGUUGGUAUGUCAAUGUAUGCUGUAAAUCGGGCUCCUCUGCGUAAGAGGGGUUGAUAUGUCAAUAUAUCCUAUAUAUGGACGGGGGGUCCCCUACAUAAGAGGGGGUUUGAUAUGUUAAUAUAUGCUGUAAAUCGGGCCUCCCUGUGUAAGAGGGGUUUGAUAUAACAAUAUAUUCUGUAAAUCAGCCCCCCUACGUAAGAGGGGUUUGAUAUGUCAAUAUAUUCUGUAAAUCAGGCCCCCUAAGUAAGAGGGGUUUGAUAUAACAAUGUAUUCUGUAAAUCGAGCCCCCUAAGUAAGAGGGGAUUGAUAUAUCAAUGUAUGCUGUAAAUCGGGCCCCCCUACAUAAGAGGGGAUUGCUAUAUCAAUAUAUCGACGGUUAAAAGGAAAUAGGGUAUAAGCGACAAAAAAUGAAAUGUUCAGGAGAGCCGUUUAAACUCGUCGGUCGUCGAAAGAAUACUAGGAAAAUUAUUUUUUUUGCUAGGGUAUAAACGCCAAAAAUGUCAUCGUAGAGCCAUGAGAGUAAGCGCAUUCGAAAGAGCGGAAAAUUUUACGUAGGAUAGCAUAAUAAACUCUUUUUUGACCAAAAUGUCGCUUAUACCCUAUUUCCUUUUAACCGUCGAUAUGCUGUAAAUGGGCCACUACUGACCAAAGGCCUCUUCUCACACGGAGAAGGUUUGAGCAUUAAUCACCUCGCUUGCUCAAUGCCGAUUGGGGAUUUUAAAGUUAUAAUUAGAAAUUACUAGCAAACCCGGCGAACUCCGUUUCGCCACUAAUGCUUUUCCCUAUUUUCCUGCUCUACUCUUGAAUUUUUCUUGAAUAUCCUUAAAAGCUAUAAACCUCACGGAGCCCGAGACCUUUCCAACGAAAGCAAAACCGUGGAAAUCGGUUUGUGCGUUCUGGAGUUAUAGCGUCAGGAAGGAAAACACGGCUUAUUUUUAUAUUAUAGAUGAGCCCAGGUUUCCUCACGAUGUUUUUCUUCACCGUUUAUUAGUGAUAUAUAUUAAAAAGGACCGGAGGUUUAAGACGUCCGCUUCUCAUGCAUGAGAGUGCCGGUUCGAAACCUACCAACGGCAAGUACCAUUGUGACUUUAUCCGAGUUAUAUGUACUUUCUAAGAUUAUUUAGACACCACUGACAAACGGUGAAGGAAAACAUCGCGAGGAAACCUGGGCUUAUAAUUUCUAAUUAUAAGUUUGAAAUCGCUCACCCGCAUUGAGCAAGCGUGGUGAUUAAUGCUCAAACCUUCUCCGUGUGAGAAGAGGCCUUUGGUCAGCAGUGGACACUUAUAGGUUGAUGAUGAUGAGUGUUUUAUGUAAUAUGUGCACUUCUGUCUACCCCUUCGGGGAUAAAAAGGCGUGGUGAUUAAUUCCUUCAAAUUAAUUUGAAUAUUAGCACCGAAUUAUGUUGUUUUACAUAUUAUCUGGUAUAGAAACCAUUGCUAUGUUUUUUAAUUGGCAAUUUGUUACUAAGCUAGCUUGCCUCUAUUGUAAUUAAAAUUAUCUUUAUCGACUUACGCCCGAACACUCAAACGCUACUCAAUUUUAAGACGCUCUCAAAUGUAGUUCUGUCACUAUCAAUUCUUUAUAAAAUGACAGAGAUAGCACGAUAUUUAAGUACAACUUAAAAUUGAGUAGCGUUCCAGUAUUCGGGCGUAAGCCGAUAACAUAAUUAAUUUAAUAUGUUUCAUGAACGUUAUAAAUUCAUUAUAAUAUGGACAAUUGUACACGAUUUGCUGUCUGUUUAUAAUAUCCUGUCCGAUUUGAAAUUGUAUUUAUAUGUAAUGUAUCUUUAUGAGUUUAUAAAUGUUUAUCUUUUUUGUAUCUUUCUUACCUUUAUCUUCUUACUAGUCAAAGUCAAAAUAAUUAAUUUCAAUUAGACCAGGAAGUAAACAUUUUUUCCUCACGUUUUAAACUUUCCCUAGAUCUCUACAAAUAAUUCAAGACCAAAAUAAGCCAAAUUGGUCCAGCCGUUCUCGAGUUUUAGCGAGACUAACGAAUAGCAAUUGAUUUUUAUAUAUAAAAACAAAGAAGAUUCAUUAUAUUAUAUACACCCUUUUCGAAUCGGACAAAGCUUUAUAUAAUAAGUUGUCAUAAAAACUUAAUUUUAAUUAAAUAUAAGUUAAUUAUAUAAGUCUUGUACAUACAAUAUUAUGAAAUAAAGUACUUAGUUGGUAAAUUGAA